AUGGUUCCGGAGGCAGCGAACGAGCCGCUUAUUCGAGAACGACCCCAGUGGAACGUGGCUACAAAGCUUGCAGAGUUGAAGGAGAAGGGGUAUCUCAGGCAGGACAAAGACGACGACUAUGCCAACUUGCCCGAGGUUCAAACCAAACUGACAGAUGCCCCAAAUGUGGAGGAUCCUCGGGAGCAUGAUCGCGAGGAUGCUGCUGCAGAGCCUCCAGCAGCCGAGAGUGCAAGCAAGAAACGACCACAGGUGGUGGAGGCCGAAGGCGAGGCUGAGAAGAAACAGCUGAAGAAAGGAAAGGGCAGGGGAAAGGGAAAGGGAAAGGGAAAGGGAAAGGGGGCAGGCCAAGAAGACCGAGCUGAUGUCAAUGACAAGGGUGCCAAGGGAACAGGCAAAGGAGACCAAGCUGAUGUCAAUGACCAGGAGGAAGAGCCUGCCAAGGGAACAGGCGAAGGAGACCAAGCUGAUGUCAAUGACAAUGGGGAGAAGCCUGGCUUGGGAAGGAGGUGCCGUGGGAAGAAGAGGGCUAGCGCUGCCAGCGAGGAGCCUGCUGCUGGUUCCGAUAUGUCAGCAGCAGGAAAAAAGAAAGAAACUCCAACAGCGGCAAAGUCGAAAGCAAAUCCACGAGCAAAGGCCAAAGCAACGGAGACAGCAGCUCCAGCAGCAGAUGAAGAUGAAGAGGAUGACGAUGCCCGACCGACCAAGCGUAGGUACACAAAGGCUGAUUAUGGGCGUAUCAACAUUCCUCUUUUCAAGGACUACUAUGUGACUGGACAGCAAUAUAUAUGCGGUGGCACAUGCACACACGCACACAAGGAUUAA